CUCUCACUUGCAAAGCUGACUCCCUUUUUGCCCCCACAAACCACCCUUGGCUUUUCUCCUCUCUUUUUUGCCACUGAUCGAUCGAUCGAUCGAGCACCAGAUUCACCUCCUCUUCUUCUUCUUCUUCUUCCUUCCCAACCUCUUCAAUGAACUCCAAGCGCCGCCUCAGGAUUCCUAAAUCUAGGACCACCACGCCCAAGAAACAGAAGUUCCUCAGCCUCCGCCGGCAGUUUCCGCCGUGCCGAGAUAACAAGCCCGGAAUGUCCACUCCAAUGCGGCGGCAGGCUCCCGCCGAGUCUGCUACCAAAGUUGAAUCUCACCAGCCCGAACCGCAGAAUUUAAUGGAUAAUCAGGAGCCGGAGAACGUUGCCUAUUUCUUCUCAGCCGCGGACGGCGGCGCUACUUCCCUCACCGGACUCCUGGACAGCGCUGCCGAAUCUAAUUCCUCAUACGUCACCACUGGUAGCUCCAGGCAGGAUGAUUUGUCCCCGUCGGCGUCGCUAACAUACGCCAACAGGAUUCAGGAUAGAGAGGAGCGGGCGGCGCUUGUGCGAAACGCGCUGAGGAGCAGAGAGAGGGAAUCGAGCGAGGAGAAAUGGGUUUGCUACUCGGAGGUUGUGGAGAGGAAGGUGAAGGAGGAGGAGGUCAGCAGUUCCGUGGUGGAUCUAUGGCGGCCUGGUGAGGAUCACGCGCCGCUGUCGCUGAAGCUGGAUUAUGAAGACGUGGUCAAAGCUUGGUCCGGCAGAGGGUCUCUGUAUGUGAGCCAUGCUGAAACUUGGCAGAUUGUUCCGGACGUCACCGAUGACACAAUGUUCUUUUCUAGUCACGGAGGGAUGGGAGGUUGUGAGGUGGGGUGGUGGGCAGUUCCAGAAAUGAUGAUGGAGGAUGGUGGUGAAGAGAUGAAGAUGGGGGUGGGGAUGGGGAUGGCGGGGCAAAGGGAGGCCAGCUUGUUGAGGUAUAAGGCCAAGAGGCAGAACAGGCUUUUCUCCAAGAAGAUACGCUACCAAGUCAGGAAACUCAACGCUGAGAAACGACCCCGUAUCAAGGGUAGGUUUGUGAAGAGGGGCUGACUUUGACUUUGACUCUGACUCUGAACACUGUAUUCGGAUGUUGAAACCCUAGCUCACUUCACUUGAGUACAUGAAUUAAUAGUAUUUCAUUGUUUGUCGUCUAGUUGUAAAUGAUUUUCAAGAAUAAUUAAGAUACGAGAGAUCCAAUUAAGUUUACCUAUAGAUAGAUUCCCAGCUUGUAAUUAAAGAUCUUGGCAAUGGGAGUGGGAAUGGGAACGGCAAUAUGGCAACCGUAUAUACAUAUACACGAAGACAGCACAGCACAGCACAGCUACAUGGAUUUGAUUCUGUUGUGACGACUGACAUGGUUAUAUAUUACGAACUUUUUGUGAUAUAUGUAUAUACCUGCUCUGCUCUACUGUUGCAUACAUUACAACAGGCCGAUAGGUGGGGGCAAAUUACAUUGAUCCAUCCGAUUAGUCCCAGUGGAGAAAUCUACCCUUUCCUUCCUAUGUAUGGGAGCUACUAUAACACAAAAUUGAUCAA